CGCAUAUCAUAUAUUUUUAUCUCAAUUCAUUUUCUCGUGUCAAUAGAUCUGUUAACUUCUUUUGUUAGCUAGUGUUGUAUAUAUAUCGCAUGUUUACUCAACUUUGCUUACAUUAAACGAUAGAUGUUAUAUGGGUUCAGGUUCUACAAUACAAUACUAGAGCAAUUGUAACAGAGAAACUAGCAUGGAUUACCUGGCGUUAAACAAUGGUGCCAAAAUGCCUCAGUUGGGUUUAGGAACAUGGAAGUCCGCGAAGGGAGCGGUUACAGAAGCAGUAAAGACAGCAAUAGAUAUCGGUUACAGAAAUAUAGACUGUGCAUUUGCUUAUGGAAACGAAGAUGAAGUCGGAGAAGCUCUUAAAGCCAAACUUGAUGACGGAACGGUGAAACGAGAGGACCUCUUUGUAGGAACUAAGCUAUGGAAUGUGUUCCACAGAAAAGAUCUUGUCAUGCCAAUUUUGAAAAAACAGUUGGAGAGUCUACGUUUGGAUUAUGUAGACCUUUACCUCAUCCAUUGGCCAAUGGCGUACAUUGAAGAAAGAGAAUCAUUCCCAAAGGAUGAAAAUGGAAAGUUUAUUUACUCCGACGUCCAUUUUUUGGAAACCUGGAAGGCAAUGGAAGAAUGCGUAGACUCUGGAUUAUGUAGGGCUAUUGGGCUAUCCAACUUCAACCACAAUCAAAUUCAAGAUGUAUACGAUAAUGCCAGGAUAAAACCAGCUAAUCUACAGAUUGAGGUCCAUCCAUACUUAUCUCAGGAGCGUAUGUUAGCAUUUUGUCGUGAGAGGAACAUAACAGUGACUGCUUAUAGUCCCCUGGGGUCUGGUGACAGACCAUGGGUUAAAGCCGAGGAUCCCAAUUUGUUUGAAGACGCCCAGUUAAAGGAUAUUAGUGCAAAAUAUGGCAAAUCUGUUGCUCAGGUUAUACUGAAAUGGAAUAUUCAAAGAGGAGUAGGUGUCAUCCCUAAAAGUGUAACUCCAUCAAGAAUAAAGGAAAAUCUAGAGGUAUUCGACUUCAAGAUCUCUGAUGCAGAUAUGGCUACAAUAUCUAGCUUCAACAAAGAUUUCAGAGGAUGUCUCAUCGACUGGGUAAAGGACCAUCCACUUUGGCCAUUCAAGAACUGUGACUUUUAGUGCAAGCAGAGUUCACCAUACUUACAACACUAUCUGUCUGAUAUAAUUCUUAUAACGCCGAUGACGCUCCAAUGACCUUUGCAUGCAUCAAUCAAGCCACAUAUUGAUUUGAUAAUACAACCUCUAAUAAGUAGGCAGGAUAUAAAUUCAAUAAUUAGUAGGCGAAUCAAAUGUAGGCUAAAAUAUGAAUAUUAAAAAAUACGUUUCUGUUGACUGGGUAGUUUAAUUAGGUUAAGUUACACGUUUUAGAAAAACUUGGACGUAAACGUGUAGAAUUAUGGUCCUCUAUGGAUUAGUUCUCCCAGGUGUAGU